CCAAUAGUCCCAAUACAUAAGAAGAUAACUGACGUGGGACAGUUUUCCUAUGCUGCUUUAUGUGCAACAACUCUUCACACGUUGUUUGAUACAGAAUAUGACAACAAAUUUAAAGAAGAAGCCCUGGCUGUUAUUCUGAUUUCACUGGAACAGCCUCAGCAGGUUUGUGAGUCGGUGCGAGCGAUGCUACAAGGUCAAGGCCAGGAUGAUGUAGAUCCUUACAUCGACAUACUGCUCGCUGAGGAUGUCCUGAAGGAAGGUGCAGAGCCUAUUGUUUCUCAGUUGCUGGCAAUUGCUAUUGGGCAAGGCAGUUAUGAUGCCAGAAUGCGGGUAUUCAUCAAACAGUUAGCUUGGAGACUAAAGGUGGACUGGGAGGUAGUGAUUGAGCUGGAGACAAGCUUGGCAGAAACGCUGACUCUGUCCCAGUAUGAGAUGUCAGAGGAGGAGAAAAUUGAAAAGGCAAGAAGAGCAAAGAGAAGAAAAUACAAACGCUACGCUUUGAUUGGCCUGGCUACAUUGGGAGGAGGAACAUUGAUAGGCCUUACAGGUGGUUUGGCAGCUCCAUUAGUUGCAGCAGGUGCUGGAGCCAUCAUUGGUGGCACUGGAGCAGCAGUGCUGGGGACAACUGCUGGUGUGGCAGUCAUUGGUUCUCUCUUUGGGGUGGCAGGAGCAGGAUUGACAGGCUACAAGAUGAAAAAAAGAGUUGGUGCUAUUGAAGAGUUUCAGUUUGAACCUCUAGUCUGUGGCAACAGUUUGAGGGCAGAUACUCUGAGCAACCAGCUUCAUAUAACCAUUGCUGUCACUGGAUGGCUCACCAAUAAUCAUAAAGAUUUUAGACAGCCCUGGAAGUAUUUAGCUGAGUCCAGGGAACAGUAUACACUUUGCUGGGAGACCAAGUACCUGGUGCAGAUGGGAGAAGCUCUGAAUUAUAUUUUCAACUCAGCCAUGUCAAUGGCUACCCAAGAAGCUCUCAAGUAUACAGUUUUAAGUGGAUUGUUAGCAGCUGUUGCAUGGCCAUCUGCCUUGUUGUCUGCUGCAAACAUUAUAGACAAUCCCUGGUCUGUGGCACUGCAGAGAGCUCAGGCUGCUGGAAAGAUGCUUGCUGAAGUCUUGCUUGCAAGGGAACAGGGUAACAGACCUGUGACUCUCAUUGGUUUCAGUCUCGGCGCCAGAGUUCUCUUCUAUUGCCUCGAGGAACUGUCAAGAAGAAAAGGUAACGCUGCCUACCAUCUCAGGAAAUACUGUUCUUUGUCAUGGAGUGGUGGUCAUGUGAGGUGGUCAUGUGAGGUGGUCAUGUGUGGUGGUCAUGUGUGGUGGUCAUGUGGUCAUGUGAGGUGGUCAUGUGUG